AUGUCGUCUCAAACACCAGAAAUUAUCGCUGCUAUUAAUGCAGUUCGACUUGAAGCAUUUGGAAGCAAUGAAGUUGAACGUCUACAGGUUCGCGCUGCGGCGCGUCGGUUGCUUGCUCGGGUGGAAACACCAUAUGAGCGGGCUCGGGGUUUCUCCUUGGAGCACCCCUUGGUCUUUGCCGCGCUGCAGACAUGCAUUGACCUGGGCAUUUGGAAGUCCUGGACUGGUGCUGGAGGGGGUGAGAAGUCUAUUCAUGAGCUGGUUCAGUUAGCCACAGCCAGUGUCGAUACAAACCUGCUGCGUCGGCUCUUUCGCUUGCUAGCGGCUUUCAACGUGGUUGAGGAGAGCGCGGAAGACAGCUUUAAACCGACUGAGUUUUCUUUUGCGAUCGGCGACGAGAGUACUAAAGUCCGCGCCUCGCUUCAAGCAGCGGCAAAUCAAUACAUUGCCGCUGCCCGGAAUUUGCCUGCAUAUCUCGCCAAGAUCGGGUACAUGGAGCCCACAAAUGCCAAUGAGAACAACUACACGGAUAUUGACCCGGACGGCCUCACCUGCUUUGCCCGGCUGCAGAACAGUUCCUCCUACUUAGAAACUUUCAUCGACCACAUGGAAGCCGCUACGGCUCGAAAGACACCGUGGACGAAGGUUUACGACACUGCCAAGCUGCUAGAGGGUACCAAGCUGGAGGACGGCUCACCGUUCGUCGUUGAUCUCGGUGGUAAUACAGGGACGGACAUUUCCCACGUUCUUGUGAGGCAUCCCGACCUCCCUCAGGGGUCGCUAAUCUUGCAGGACCUGCCAGAAAUCAUUUCAGGUCUGAAGGUUGAUAGCAAGAUUACAGCCAUGGCUCAUGACUUCUUCCUACCCCAGCCUGUGAAAGGGCUCGCUAUUAAUGCCAGAUCUACAGGAAGUCGUGCUUACUUUCUGCAUGCGGUUCUUCAUGAUUGGCCCGAUGACAAGGCCAUGCAACUGCUAGUGAACACGAGACAUGCCAUGGUCAAGGGCUACUCCAAGCUCUUCAUCUACGAUAUGGUCAUUCUGCCAACAGGGGCGAGUAUCAGCCAAGCCACAUUGGAUGUGGAAAUGAUGGCUUUACUGUCUUCAUCCGAGCGCACUCAGAGCGCGUGGGAGAAGCUUUUGGCAGAUUCUGGAUUCCGGAUCAUCAAAUUUUGGCCCGAUCCUCAGCGGUACGAGAUGUUAAUCGAAGCCGAGGUCGCGUAG